UUUUGCUUAAUUUGCAUGGCUAUAACGCUGUGUCCAUACUCCUGGUAUACUUAAACUAUUAAACUAACCAAUCCACCUUUUGUAGCUAUACCACAAACCAUGACCUCGAUGGCUGAGACGUGCAUUAAGAAGCCUCCACGACCUUGGUCUGCUGACAUAAACUACAAAAGGAACGUGGAACCUGACCAGAAGUGUUACACCACACGCAGUGAUGUGACUUACGAUAAAUACGGUCGAGGUCGCGAUCACGGGAAGGUUAAGUCAGGAGAAUGCUGUGGAAACGAGUGUAACAGCGGUGUUCCCUCCAACCCACCACCAACACCAGUCAACCCCGUCAUCAUGAGACCUCCACAGUUACCCGGAAGACAGCCUCUGACAUCAGAUGAAGGACGAUGCAUUAGACUCCGAACCAUAUCUCACUCAGCUCCUCCUCUCAACUUCAAAACCGUCUGGAACCCACUUUCUGAACGACACCCAGGAAGUGCGUUUGACGUUGUGUCCAGCAGUGCAAGUUCCUCCCGGACAUGCAGUCCUGACCAAGUAGAGUCCCGAGCUGAACUGUGCGUUUCUUAUCCCGACUUCGACUACGUUAACCCGAUCAUCAAACCUAUCCCAAGAAAAGGAACCAGGACCUCUUUCAAAGUACCGACUAAGAUCUCCGAAGACCAGAAAGAAAUGCUCAGCUCUGACGAAGAAACGCUCCCUGACCGACUCUUCCGAGAGAACAUGGAGAAAAGCAACAAGAUCCUUCAGAAGAACAUCAUGAUGCUAGAGGAAGAAGCAGAGGAGGAUGAGGAGGAAUGCGACGGUGAAGCGCUCACUCUACCAGACAAACUCUUCAAAGCACACAUGGCUAAACAAGCGAUGGAGAAAGAGGGAGCCCUCACACUUGACGUGAAACCCAAGAUCAUCACCAAGAGCCUCGGCUCUAAGAACGGCUCGAUCAGAAACGGACUCAAGGAUAAAUUCGUCCUGAAAAUCAUCGAAAACUUCAACGAACAAUCGAACGUCCUGAAAGAGUUGAGCAACAUGAAGCUCGACUCAAAAGACGUGAAGCCGAAGAAAUCGAAGAAGAAAAGUCUGAGCACGUUAAAGAAAACGUGGUCCUCGAUCAUGAACUUAGCGGUGGGUGUUCCAGGCGGCGUGGAACACGCUCAAAGUAAAGACAAUCUCAGUAACAUAACCAACUCAAAACAGAGGCACCUGGACUCGCUGUACUCCGAGUCCAUGUACUCCUCGCUCGUUGGCGACAUAUAUAAGAGCAGGAGCACGGCCUGCAUCGCGGCUUUGUAGGGCGCUGCACUUUCAGAGCUCUUAUAUGUGUUGUUUUUUUGAGUGAAUUUUGAAUAUUUCGUGAAAAAUUAUUAGGAAAAUCUUUUUAGGUAUAUUUGUAAUUUAUUGUUAUGUAAUCCUUAUGAUGAUGAUAUAUAAUGGUGGAUAAAUAUAUUCGAUUGAUUGUUUUCUAGAAAAAUUAUUGAUGAGAGAGCAAGUUAAAGUUAUAAGCUGCCGUAAACGCGGGUUUUUAGUUAAAAACCACCAGUUUUAAAUUGAUCUAGGACUAAGCACUGACCAUGUGAAAAUCUAUUGCAUGAUCCGCUCCACAGCUUCACUUAAGUACUAUUUUACUAUUAUGUGGUUAAAUAAAGUACUCUGUGAUAGCUAAUUUUCCCAUAGAAAAUUCACAACCGUGGCUGAAUAACUCGCAGUUACGGCACUGUAACAAGUAUAUUAUAGUAUUUGUUAAAGUGACAAUAAUUGGUGUGUGUGAGUGUGUGUAACACAGGUGGCGUUUACACUGUACGAUUUAUACGAGUCAUAUUUUCACACGAGAAGCUGAGAAGGCAAUCAAGCAUCCUUUCAGGCCGCAUCUUUAUGUGCAUUUUAAACAUUUCUUCUCUUUUUUGAGCAAUCAUUACAUAUGUGAUGAUAUCGUGUGAUGAUGCUUUUUAUUCUCCUAUAAUAUAUUAACGGUCACCUGACAAGGAGGGUUGAAAUAGUAAUGCCCCGGUUUUUUUCACAAGUCCAUUUAGAAUUUUGCAGUUUCCUCGUAGUGAAAGCUCCAUGAUUUGUUGAGUGCAGUUAUUGUAGCUCUUGAAGAUUAUUUGAUUUCGAGAAAACCAUUCUCUGUGUUUCAAGUUCACGGUAAACGGGAUGUUGGUUGUUGACAUGCGGUAUCCCGUACUGCUGUGACUUGAAGCGAUUGUGGUUUGUAUAGAUAUGUUAACGAUCCUUAUUUUGGAUUGAAUUUUAUUUGAAAAAAUAGUGUUUAUAUUUGAUGAAGAGUAGGAUCUUUCGAUUUAAUGUUUGGAAGAGUUUUUUUCCGAAAAAUCUUCCCCUGUGUUUGUUAUGUUAAUGUUAAGUGCCAUAUGUGAAAUUGAAUUUUCCCGGCUGAUUUUUGGGUUAAUCAUGUCAUGUAGAUUUUGGUUCCUGAAUUAAUGAUUUUUGUAAUUUUGACAUUGCGUGGUAGCUUCUCAAAACUUUGUGGUUGGUUUUCUCACCAACUAUGUCCUAGAUUAAUUUAUAUUUGUUGACACAUAAUUGCAGACAUUCUUUUAGUAGAACAUUUCCUAUGGCUCAAUGGUUUAAAAUUAACAGUCGUCUUAAGAUGCACCAUCAACUUCAUGAUAUGCACAUAUUAUGUAACGAGAUGAUUUAUCAUAUUUCCUCGUUAUGUUGAGAUUUUAUGUUUACAACUCUAACUUCUUCCGAGAACAUGCAUUUAACUUUGAUGGUGCAUCUCUUAUCAGAGUGUAAUGUAAAAGGUGAAUCGCACAAAAUGUAUCAAUUUUUAGGUUUCAAAAUUCAUUCAAAUGUUAGGUAAAUUUAAAAUGAAUUGCGAUUAUACUAUGAUCUAGUUAGCAACUCACAUUUCGAAACUUCAAUAACAUAAUAUA